GAGAACCCGUUGGACGAUCGCGUCGCUCUGCACAACGGCUUCUCGCGCACCCCGUACCAGCUCAUCGGGGACAUGCUGUUUCGGCCGUCGCAAUCAAUCAUGUACGACUGGUCGCACACCUACCUGCAGGAUGGCAUCUGCGACGCCGAGUUCGGCACCUUCAUGUCAUCCUGUAGGACGGUCGCGUCCUACGCCGAGCUCGGCGAGCUCGUGCGUGCGAUCGCGCCGCCGCGCGCCUUUCCGCGCCUUGGCUCGCUACUCGGGCCGAACAAGAUCCGCAACGCCCUGAAGAACGAUGAGUUCCAGAGCGAUUGCGGCGAGUUCUGCACGCUUGCGCAAAUCGCAUCGCGAUAUCUGCGCGAG